GGUCUCCUCCCUCGGCCGAUACCUCCGGGGCGGGAGCUGGCCUGUAGUCCUCGGCGCCCCGCUGACGUCUUUCCGCCGUGCCGUGGCCGUAGGGAGCGAGGCCAGGCCGCAGCGGGUCGGGCAUGAGGAGCCGCCGCGGCCCGCACAGAUCACUUAAUCCAUUCAGAAUAACUUAAUUGACCAAUAUUUGGAAUAAGAGGAAAGAAAAUGAUGUCAAGACAGGCCUUUCUCUGCAGUUUGGGAUCUCUGUAUUUGUCUCUUCUGUUUGUAUUUCUUCUAAUGGAUGUUUAUGCAAGGCCUGCAAACAAUUCUGCCCUCAAGGAAAAGCUAGUUGACACGAAAGAUGAGAAUGAGAUCUUGCCCCCAGAUCACUUGAACGGGGUCAAAAUGGAGAUGGAUGGACAUCUUAACAAAGAAUUUCAUCAAGAAGUUUUUCUAGGAAAAGAGAUGGAAGAGUUUGAGGAAGAUUCCGAACCUAGAAAAAAUAGGAAGAAGCUCAUGGUCAUCUUUUCAAAGGUGGAUAUAAAUAAUGAUAAAAAGAUAAGUGCUAAAGAGAUGCAGCGCUGGAUCAUGGAAAAGACGGAUGAACACUUCCAGGAAGCUGUGGAAGAGAAUAAAAUGCACUUCAGAGCUGUGGACCCUGAUGGUGAUGGCCAUGUGUCCUGGGAUGAAUAUAAAGUCAAAUUUUUGGCAAGUAAGGGCUUUAAUGAAAAAGAAAUUGUGGAGAAGAUCAGAAACAAUGAAGAGCUAAAAAUUGAUGAAGAAACACAGGAAGUUUUAGAUAACCUGAAGGAUCGGUGGUACCAAGCUGACAACCCACCUCCUGAUCUGUUGUUGAAUGAAGAAGAAUUCUUGUCCUUUCUUCAUCCUGAGCAUAGUAGGGGAAUGCUUAAAUUCAUGGUGAAAGAGAUCAUCCGAGAUCUGGAUCAAGAUGGAGAUAAGAAACUAACUCUUUCAGAGUUCAUUUCAUUACCUGUUGGUACUGUAGAGAACCAGCAAGCUCAAGAUAUUGAUGAUGAUUGGGUAAAAGACAGAAAGAAGGAAUUUGAGGAGGUCAUUGAUGCUAACCAUGAUGGUAUUGUCACAAUGGAGGAGCUAGAGGAGUAUAUGGAUCCUAUGAAUGAGUACAAUGCCCUAAAUGAAGCAAAGCAAAUGAUAGCAGUAGCAGAUGAAAAUCAAAACCAUCACUUAGAGCUGGAGGAGAUCCUGAAAUAUAGUGAAUACUUCACUGGCAGCAAACUUAUGGACUAUGCACGUAAUGUCCAUGAAGAGUUCUGACCAUGAUCGCUUUUCCAGAGCUCUGAAGCACCUUCUUGCUUUCCCAAAAGAACCCACCAAAAAACGAAACUAAAAAGAAAGUUACCUUGCUGCUGCUACCUGUGUUGUAUGCAUAUGGUGUGUUGUCCUAGACUAAAAAAAAUCUCUGUCCAUAUAGAAAAACUACAGCUCUAUUGCCUUCAGUGUGAAGAGAAGCGGAGGGGAAGUCCAAAAAUAAUAACGCAGAUUCUGGACUACAGCUCACCCCAUUUUGUACAGUUAAUCCAGCUGAAUUUCCAGCUGCUUUCGGCUAAUCACUUUUAGUGGAGGCAUCUUAAUUAUUUAAUUUUUUUUGUUACCUUCAUAGCUGCUGAUCCAUGGGAAUCACAAAUAUCGUUGAAAGAUGUUGGCUUUCUUAAAGGGAUUGUGGUUCAGAUCCAUGUGUUCUGAUGUCAUGAAAAAAUCCAUCAGUUGACUGACUGAAAAACUUCUAUUUUGCUCAGCAAGAUAUCCCUUUGUAUUUUGUGUACAGUUUAUAUCCACUUCAAUAGUUAAAAAAAAUCAGUAAAUUGUAUCAGGAUGCUGCUCUCUAGGCUGUCUUUGCUAUGUGUGGUUUUUACAGUCAUGGUUGGUUCUUUUCUCGCUAUUCUACCAGCCUGUGUAGUCAGCACACAUUCUUAAUGUUGUAUGUACUGAGUAUCAAUGAAUUUAUCUGCUGAUGUCAUUGCUUUUGUCUCUGGAGUUCAGUUCUUCAUGGACUUUUUUUUAGAAAUGUGAGACCUGUUGUGUUAGCUUGUUAAAGGCAUUAUUAGCUCCGGUAUUACUUUCUCAUAGUCAGUUUCCAGUAACUGCUAUUAGAAAUAUUUAGGGCUUGAAAGAAAAGAGACGAUAGCCAUAUUCCUGAGAUGGCUCAUUCGUUUACAAUAAUUGGGCUCAUCCUCCAGUGUUUUUCUCAAUAUAUUUCAAUCUAGCCCUAUAUCGUUGAAGAUUUAAUACAAGUCUCCCUCUGUCACUGGACUAUCUUUGGAAACUGGGGGAAGGGACUUGCUUUAAAUGUUACAGAGAACCUCUUUUACAUCUGAGUUAAAAAGAAAACUAGUUUACGAUGUAACUGGUUUUUCGUUUGUAUCUGUACCGUGAUUGUGGAAGACUAAGACUGCUUAGGUCAUUAAAAUUAAUUCUGAAAUGAAACGCUAAGAGGGAGGUUUGUUUGCGGAAUUACAAAUGCUAGAUUGAACAAAUGGGAUUGAUCUUCUAGGAUUAUGAUUUCUACUUAACUAAAAUUCAUUAUUAAGACUAGUAGAGUUGCUUGUUUUUCUGCAAGUUAAUGAUGCUGAUAAACUCAUGAUUGCUAAGACUGGAGGAAAUGCUGGCUUUGCUUUUGCAGUGCCUCUGCCAGAGCAAUGUGGAGUCAGCAUUUGGGAAGCCUUCUAAUCAGUCAGUUUUUGGGUAAUCUCUGAAAAGUAUCUUGCAACACAAAGGUCAUAUCCACUGUUGUCUAAAAUAAAACUUUUUUUUUUUUAAUUCUAGUUCCAUCUUUACCAAAAAAAAACCCAAAACAAAAAAAACCCACCAACUUUUUCUGAAGGGUUGCCUGAAAAUCCGAGAUACAGUAUUUGAAUGAAUUUAUUCUCUUAUUGUAAAUAUAAAUAUUAUUGUUUGCUUCUGUUUCAGACGUCCCCUUCCCCUCCUCUUUUUUCUGCUUUUGGUUAAAUGGCUUGUAUCAAAGUCACCAUACAUACAUCCAUCUUUCUGCAGUAAAUAUCUUUGUCUGUGCUUUGGUAAUGUUGCUUUUAGGCUUUUCAGUGAGUGGGAAAAAUCCGAACUCUCCAGAGGACAGACAAAAUAUGACUUGAAAAAACUGUUAGAGGAGUAAAUUCAGUUGAUAGUCUCAUAUUUUGCUUAGAACCAAGAGAAUCUACGUGUUUCUGUUUAAAAAGAGCUUAUGAAGACUGGUCUAGAAAGCCUUCCACAUUAGUCAAACUCCCCCUGCACGUACUUGAUUGCAAGGUGGUGAGUUUUAGCAUAGCCAGAGUCAAGAGGCGUUCUACACAAAAAUCCCACAGCUAGAAAUAUGGUGCUUAGCAGAAAUCAUAGGUAUGGUUGUUUUAGAUUAAUCAGCAAAAGGUCUGCAGUUUUCUCUGCUGUUCUGUUAGCUGAGGCUUUAUAAAUACAUGAUGACCUCCACUUUCAACUAAUACAAAAGUGUACAUGUAAACAUACAGUUUUGCAAUGGAGUGGCCCCCGAUUUAGUUCAAGACAAGUUUUAGCAACAUCAGUUGAUAAUUGUAUAAGUGUCCUUGGACUGCAUUCUUGUAUUACAUAUGCUAGUUGUUUACAGAAUUUAGUUAUUUAGAUUUCUAUAACUGGAGUGGACAAAUAGAAUCCAGUCACAUCUGAUGCUCAUAAAGCAAGUGCUAGAGUUUGCAGAAGGAUUUUGAGCAGCUGAAAGGUGAUGAAAUUUAAAGCUUUAUCUGUCAGUAGAGGCAGAGAUUAUGCAUAUUCAGUCUUUCUGAGUUUAAUCUUCUAAACCUAGUAAUGUGAGCAUGGAAUCCCUUGAAAAAUACAAGGUAAUACAGCAGAUAGCUAGCAACUGCAAAAACAUUAAAGUAUGUGCUGUUGUUGCAGUAUUUGCCAUGUGCUUGAUAAAUCUGAAACUUGAAGAACAGCUGAGAAAAGUUCAUCUUUAAUGUCUGCAUGCAGGCCUGCACCUUAAUGUGUUUUGUUUUUUUUCCUGCCAGGAAUCAGGAUCACGUGUGAAUAGCUGUAGGAUAAAGUGGACUGCAUGGUGGGAUUUGGCCUUUCCAUUCAGCCUUUCUCAAAUUCUUAUAAGCCCUUACCUGCAAGGGAACCCUUACUUGUCUGUAAUCUGUAAGGAAUCUAGUGGGCUUUUGUUUGAGGGUUUUUUUUUUUGUUUGGUGUGGCGGGCUUUUUUAUUUUCUAUUUUAUUUUUAUUUUUUAGCCUUCUGUUUAGCACUACUUAUGAGUUCAGUGAUGAUUUUUUGAUUUCCUGUUCACAAAAUAUCUGCCUACUGUUAAUAGGAGUGCUACUGUUGUAUGGACAUGUUUAGUCUUUGCAGAAUUCAAAAUGGUACAGGAUGAUUACUGUGCUCUCUCCCUGUUUUAUUUACUGGCAUAAUGUUGCCACAUAGAGGAAUCCAGUGAUAUCAAGCCCAGUAAAACUCUAGGGAUACUAUACGAAAAAAUUAAAUUCUAAAGUUAGCAUGUGAAGUCUGUGAAGUCUGUGUGCUGACUGCUUUUAUUAAAUGAGUAUUUCAUUUGCCUUAAAGUGUCCUUAACAGCAAUAUCAAUGUUUUAUCAUCACUGCUCUGGUAUUUUGGGAGUUUUCAGUUUAAAUGUAUAUAGCAGACUUUUAGCCUUUCCCACUGAAGUUCACAGAAAAGAUGCUUGCAUUUUUCAGUUCCUUUCUGAGUGAAUGAGCAGAGUCUACUACUAUUGUGAAAGAGAAUGAAAUGAAAAACAAUAAAAUUUGCUUUAAGUACUGCUCAGGGAAGGACUUAAUCAUGAGAUGUAAAGCUGCUUGAAUGGCAUUCAGUGCAACAGUACAGUGGGAAGAGAUCAGGAUGUUUCCUGUGUGCAGAUACUGAAUGCGAAGGCUGUUGACGUUUGCUGGUAUGGGCUGCUUCCUCUGUCUGCUGUGGUGCCUUUUGGAUGAGAUGGCUUUAACAUGUGACCUCUUUUCCAUAGUGUCCAUUCCCCCCCCCCCCCCCCCCCCCCAAUAAUUGGAAAAAGUAGAAAAAUAGCUACUGGUUUGCCUUACUUUUGUCUCCCCUGCCACCAUGAAACAGUCUUGGAGAAAUUUAAAAAAGAGAUGAAAAGCAGCAGUCUGGAUAAAACACACCAACAGUAUUGCUGUCCGGUCCUCCCAGGUACAGCAGGCUAACUGGGAGUCCAAAUGUGCUUCUAUUCCAAUCAUCUCCUUCACAUUUAGACAGUAGAUCUGCUCUGUCUGGGAAGUAUGACUCUGUUUUUAACUAAUGUAAAUAAAACAUCUUUGAUUA